AUCGGGGACCUCUCACCGAUGACAGCACUCGAUACCGCUCGUCCGAUUCGAGAUAUCCGGGACGGUAUGUAUCCUGUGGGCGUUCGGUCUCCGGAUCCGAAGCUCAACGCACAUAGCAAAACGGGAGUGCUCAUGUACGAUCGUCCAUUCCUUCUCCAGUUCCAGGACAUCGUCAUACAAAGGCCGCCGCGUCUCGCGACGCUCGAACAGCUCAGUGGAUUA